AUGGACGUGGUGAUAAAGGAUACUCUUGAUGGCAACAACGGCGAUAAUAACGAUGACAUCCAGGUCACGGAUUCGAGUACUAUGGAUAAAAGCCGCGUUUCAGAAUUGGGAUCGGUGAAGACAUCAGUGCCAGAAGAACCAUCGGAAGAACCGAAACUCGACGAAAAUGUACAUGCCGCUCUGAAGCAGAUAGCAACAGCGCCACUGUCUAGUGAAGAUCAAUCUAAUACGGAAUCAGCUCCUGAUCCGACUAGUAAGAACGAGGAAUCUCACACGGAGCUGCCAAUAUCCUCUACUUCCGCUGAUCUUGUUGAAGCAGAUGAAGUGACAAAAGCGAAGAAUGAACAAUUACCAGUUGGUAAAAGCCUUCAAGCCCCAGUGGAUGCUAAUAAUGACGAUGUUGAGGUGAAAAAAUUCGUACCUACAGAUCAAAGUGAGGCUGUUGAGGUGGAGAGCAAUGGACAACCAUGUAUUCAAGAAGCUCAACUGCGGGACGAAGACUCGUCAGUAGCAAAUACUGGUGAUGAAGACGUAGAUGAAGUCGAUUUAACACCAGAUCAGAGCACAGAGUCUUUCCCUACCAAGCCAUCAGGUUUCUUGGAGUCGUUGACAGCGGAUUUCGCGCCAGACACGAAAGUAAUGUGGGCCCAAAUCUUUGGACCUCGCUACGAAGAUGACGACGAAGCAGCAUAUUUUCAAGAAGACAACCAAUCCAAUGCUGGCAGCAGCCGAGAAUCCGUCUCAUCGAAGAGCUCGUUACAGGCCAAACUGGCGCGUGAGCGAAAACUCGACGAACAAAUCCAAGCAAGUCAGCGACGAUAUCGAGAGCGGGUACUGCGACAGGAAGCUGCAAAUAAUACGGCAACGAGGAGAGGCCGAGUCAGGAGUUCUCGGCGUUCUCAAGCGCAGAUUCCGACUGUUUCUCCCUUUGAACAAGCGGGUCUUUCAUUGACACAAAUCCGGUUUUGCACGGAGAAAGCACUGGAUGAAACUAUCAAAUGUUUUCGCCAUCUUCACGCUGCGGCACUUGAAGAAACUGAAGAUCCCGACCAGCCACUCACUCAAGGAAUUUACAUAACCCAAGCGGAACUCGAUCAUUUACUUCGAGAAUUGUUUGAUCCUCAAGAAUUAGAACGUUCUAAAACAAGGACUCGUAAAGGAACAAUUGUCGCUCCUUUGGACUUUACCCAAAAUGGUGGCGUGUCAAUGAAUGUACUACUACAAGCGAGCUGGUUUAUACCAUUCGGACAAUUACAGCAACUUCGAAGCCUCGUCAUGAAGAUUACAAAGCGGCAUCUGAACGAGGAGAAGCUAGCGAUCGUGAAUCGACAUCUUCAGAAACAAUUCACGUUGUUGCCACUUUCAGCGAAGCUCCAGAAUCUAGUACUACAGCUUUCUAAUUAUCAACUGAAAGAUCCUCUUCAAGCCUCGGUAUGGCCGGAAGGGAAUAAAUCAUCGGAAGAACUCGCGCAAGAUCUGCUCAGAUGUAUCGCAGUGAAUGAAGAUGUAGCUAUGACUGGGUCUGAAGAUUACAAGAAUUCUGUGCUCUUUAUGCCGGUCGAACAUGUAGUGAAUAUGAAGCUUCCCAGUGUUGUUUGUGCUCAACGACUUGUGUUUUACCGGUACUUAAUCGAUAUCGUAGCAGCAGAGAGAAUUCGAGUACAUUCAAAGACAGCAGAGUUACAGGAACCGCCAGUUCAAUCUCCAGCUAGACGGAAAUCAACAACUGGCCGACGAAAAAGCUCAACGAAGAGGAAAUUAGUUCAGCACGCACCAGAAUCGGAGGCUACUACUCGGAGUUGUGAACAACCAGUAGAUAACGAAGAGACCGCAACGAUUCGAUCAGAGCAUGAGAGUUUGCCUAGCGCAUCGGAGGCAGACGGAGUUAGCGACACACCAGCUGAAGAGGAUAUAUUCGAGCUUCCCGAACAGGUCGGCGAUGAAUGCGAGAAACCUGCUAGUCAACUGCAACAACAACUCGAAUCAGCGAUAGCCCAACUCCGACAAACUCUACCCAAUAUUGAUUCGGAUGCCGACUUGAACCCUGCAAUUAGAGCCACAUAUCUCGCGGCUGCGGCGUGCCAUGAAAGUGUGCUCCUGAUGCUUGACAACAAUAUCGACGUUGAUGCUGCCAUGUCAAACAAACUCCGACACUUUAUCGAGGCGUUGGAAAGUAUCCAAGCUACCGAGCAAAUAGUUACGACUGCUCCAGUGGAAGUUGAAGGCCUGGAUCAUCAACUGCGUGAUCCACCGAGAUUCCCACCUCCAUACCCGGAGUCAACGGUAUCUGAAGAAGAAGAUAGCAAAAGUGAGACCAGCACCUUACAGCAGCAGUUCCCUCCACCAUAUGCAAUAACGUCGCCGUCGUACUGGACGUUCACGCCUUCAAUUCCUGAGCCUAAGUCGAGCAUCUCCAAACUAGCGAGUAAGUCGGCCACCAACAAAUCCGUCGACCUCCGAUCCCAAUUCUUGUCAAAGGAGUCACCAGGUGUGGGCGCGUACAACGUUGAGAAGGGCGAGAAUCUCACUUUCCAACGAAAACCGAGCUACUCAUUUGGACCGACUGAGGGUGAUAGAGACAGAAAAGCCCCAAAUGCUUUGCUAUCUAAUGGAAGUACCGGGAAGCGCAGCUCAAGAUCAACACUACGCCAACGGAUGAAGACUUCGUUUGAGUUUGUGCCUCGAACGGAUCAUUCAGCAGAAAAUAAUGGCAUCGAUUUUAACACAAGUACCAGAGUUCACGUUGACUCGAAGUUCGAGGAUAGUCAUAUUGGAACCAACGGCGAUCUAUUCAACGAUCUCCCACCAGAUUACAACGAAGGAGAUGCAAAUGAAGCUUCUGAAGAGAAAGCAGGAGGUAGUGACGAGACUGAAAUGGACCGAGCGCUGCGCCUGCAGCAACGUAUUUUCAUGGACGAAUUCGUGCACCAAGUGAUGUCGAAUCAAGAUUCGCACACACGUUUCGUUCCUCGAGGUAAACAAAACACCACGAAUGCUAACCUUUCCAAGUCGCAACCGUACUGGGCCACCAGCGAGGUGUCCCCGGGCAUUGAGCGAUUGCUGAACAGACAACGACGAGCUCCGACUGCCAACAAGUUCCGCCCGUCCUCAGCUUCCACCGCACCCAUUCGAACAACCAACCGCGUCGCGAAGAAAGCACCUCCUCCUUUACGUCGACAGCUCGACAAUGAUCAGCAUCUCGCGUGGGCUGCACGCAUCAGUGAGCUGUAUCAACCUGCUGUACCCGCCCCGGAUCAGUAGCAGCAAGUACUAUUAUCACCUUUUUGAACCUCUUACAGCUAGUAAAAUUUUAGAAAUCCUUAACUAACGUGGAACAUGGAGAGGAAGAGCUGCAACUCCUUGGUGUCGUUCGACUUAGGCUCUUUAUCCUUCUGUGGCGGCUUGGCAUAAGUGUCUGACGCGUCUUCUU